AUGCCGACGGUUUUUGAUUCGGCGCCGUCGGUGGGUUCCGAGGACUCGACGCAGCAGCUCCUGUCCGGCUUCCAGUUCUUCUUCUUGUGCCUGAUAGUGAUAGCAUCGUACUACGUGUCCUUGUGGAUCUCUGCUCAUGCGGUGGGAGAAGCGACGGCGUCGCUGAGUGCCCCCAUCAUCGCAGCUUCGAGCCUGUUUGCCGACGUUGGCAACACGAUCCUAAAGAAGAUCAACCGCCGUCGCCACCGCACGCAGGUCGGCGCGGUCUUCUACGAGGUGGAGGCCGAUGAUGCCAACGAUAUUUUCUCUGUAAACCAGCCUGGAACAGGCGUGCAGUAG